GCAAUACACCCACCAAACUUCCACCAAAGUACCCUAUGACGAUCGCCAUAGCCACCUUGCUAUAUGACACCAGCUACUUACCGGGGGCUCUUUUGCUCGGGUCAAUCUUAAGGGAUAUGAUUCCUUUACAUCCCUUGGACAUUUCAUUAGCCAUUCUUACCGAUAAGCUGAUUUUUACCAGUGAACAACUUGGGCUCUUACAAGAGAUAUACCACCAAAUCAUCGACAUUCCUCUCCUUGACACUCACUUGACCCAUAAACUUGUGCACGACUUGCAAAGACCUGAAUUGGGUAAGACAUUCUCCAAAGUCCAUUUAUGGUCCCUUGAGUACGAUAAGGUGUUAUACUUGGACGCUGAUACUUUACCCAACCCCCAUUCUAAUCUCUUGGACUUGUUAAAGUUGGAGUUCCACGAUAGCAAGAUUCUUGCUAGUCCCGACUCGGGGUUCCCCGAUGUUUUCAAUUCGGGAAUGUUUGUUAUUAAACCCAACAAGAGAGACUACAGUAACCUUGUGCAGUUGAUCCAGUCAGGAGGAGACGUCUCGUUCGACGGGGCUGACCAGGGGUUGUUGAAUCAGUACUUUAAUCAGAAUCCCGACUGGGUUGCCCUGGUGGUGGACUCAAACAACACUGAGGUUUCUACUAGUGCCAGUACCAGUGCCAGUACCAGCACCAACAAUUGGAUUAGCCUCCCCUUCUUGUACAAUGUGACUCCCAACACCCAGUACCAGUAUGCGCCGGCGUAUCACUAUUUUUCUGGGGCGUUGGCUCCGUUCCAAACCGAACCAAUUGGACCACCAUUACCUGAGUCCACGCAAGAGCCCGCCCAAGUCUCUGCCCAGUCGUUAUACGGCAACACGGCCCUGGCACACUACGGUCAACACGUCAAGUUGAUUCACUAUAUCGGCCCUCAUAAGCCGUGGAAGUACCCAUACAACGCAUCGCACGCUGAAUGGUGGGCUUUAUGGCACAAAUACUUUGGUACUGCGACGUUGGCCAUUUUAGACGGGCACCCCCAGGACAAGCACUACACCACCAAAGACUCGUUGUGGGACGCUGGUAGACUGUCGCCUCCCAAGAGUACCUCGGGUGCGUUUGGCUCGAUUCCCAACUAUGGGAAUUCAUGGGACGACAAGAGGAAGAAGAAGAAGUCGAUUCUCAAGUCCGGCUCGGUACCCCCAGGCCCCUCCCGUCUUCGUCAUGUGACGGUCACGGAUGCUCAUUCAGAACUGGCACCUAAAGACUCGACUAAGCUCGUGAAUGAACGUGAGAAACAGUCGGUGUAUGGGUUCCAUCCUUUUCAACGACCUGAGAGACAGUUCGACCAGACCUACGACUAUGUCCCCACUCACUCAUUGAUUUCCAAGUUGAAAAAGACUCCUGAGGUUACCAAGGAACCUGCUGCUCCCACCACUACUACGCACGCCUACUCUCGAGCUGUCAACAUCGACAAAGUGUCUGAGAAGCUUGAACAGCUUGGAUUGGACUCGCAAUAGAACCCCCCUCGCCGCCGUAUAAGGUUUUGAAGAUGUUGGGAUCUAGUCCAAUAUACUUCAUGGCUAUAAUUUGUUUUUUGUUUUGUGUAUCAUUAUGAUUCUGCGUUCUUCUCAUCCAUACCAUAAUUGGUUUGUAAUACACGAUAUAACU